CAACGCGCGCUGAGCGGCCACCUACGCAGAGACUAGAGCGAAGGGGCAGGUGAGCCCCGUGACCUCUGACCUCGCGUUCGGCGUAGCCCCGCCCACUGCCUCAUGGGUGAGAGUCAGGAACCAGUAUAUCACAGAGUUGUUGCAAACACUUCAGAGGAAUGUUGUACAAAAAAAAAUCAAAAAUGUUCUUAUUAGUUGUCUCAAAAUCAAAUUAAUCAGCAGUGAAUCAGCAUCAUCUAGGCUGUGUGGAUAUUCAAGAUAGAACAUCAUGAAAGAUACAGAAAUAAAGAGACUGCUGUCUGCCCACAUUGUCUCUGUUUUGUCCAUUAUCCUAACAACUAUUGUUCCACCUCUCUUCUUGGAGAACUUCUCAGUUUUGGGAACACACCUUAUCUGGUUGUGCAUCUGUUCUAUUUGUGUAACUACUGUAAAUAUAAUCUUGUAUAUAAUACUUAAACCAAAUCCAUCUUCUAAGAGAAUUUCAUUUGCUCACAAGGUAACCAAAUUUCUAAAAUGCUGUGUGUUCUUCUUCAUAUCAUGUAUACUGUUUCAUGGAAUUAUCGUUCUUUACGGAGCACCACUAAUAGAGUCAGUGCUUGAGACGUUUCUGUUUGCAGUACUCCUAUCUACGUUUACUACUUUACACUGCUUGUGUAUGCUGGGACCAAACUUCCAAGCAUGGAUAAGGGUAUUCAGUAAAAAUGGAGCUAUGUCCAUCUGGGAUAACAGUCUACAGAUUACCACGAUGUGUAGCAUAGUGGGAGCAUGGUUUGGAGCAUUUCCUAUUCCUCUGGAUUGGGAUCGGCCUUGGCAGAUCUGGCCCAUUUCCUGUUCCCUCGGAGCUACCUUUGGCUACGUGGCUGGCCUCAUUAUUGCACCUCUGUGGAUAUACUGGAAUCGGAAGCAGCUUACAUACAAAAGCAGAUAACGGGGGCAGAGAGAAGGUAUUUCUUUGUGCAGAUCCCACACAGACUGGGCAGAAAUUUUUAUGUGAUCAUAGCAAGAGACUAUUGAAAUAUUUUCAAUGUGGUUCUGGGCCAAGCAUCUCCACUUAGGGCAUUAUUUAUAUGCUAUUGUUGCCAGCUCUACGCUUUUUAACCCCUGAGAGAUUGUAUCUUCCAGUCCAAAUAAAGUAUUUGUAAAAGAUG